AUGCGCUUCUUCGCUAUUACCACCGCCGGAACGCUCCUGUUCCAAAGCAGCACCAUCAUGGCCGCCACGGUCGACCUUCAGUCUAGCCAAGGAAACGCUCGCGCCGCACUGAAAGACCUCAUGAGUCAAUGCCAGAACGGCAACCUAGCAGGGAACGCCAAACGCGUCUCCAGCAACUCGUACAACGGUAUUGUCGCCUACGCCUGCAAUAGCUUCUGCCGCACUGGCUACAUGCCCUGCCAGGACGCUGAGUGGAGCAUUAACCGCGUCAUCAACGACUGCAACGAUGGCAAGGGUAUGGGAUGGGACAGCCAGGAGACCAGGGGCACGUGGUAUGGCAUUGCGCAUGAUUCGGACAACCCGUGCGGCUAUGGCUACACGGGUCGUGGUGCGACAUACUAG